AUGAGUGAAGACUAUUCUAGACCUCGGUGCUCCGGUAUGGGCUGGGUCGGAGUAGUGACGCUUCUUGCGACUGCAUGCUAUUUGUUCUAUCGAUACCCUCCUGCAUCAUGGUCUCAAGAGCUUCCUUCUGCCCCUUCGCCUCAGCCGCCGGGAUCAACAUCCGAUGGAGCCGAGACAACCAACCUUCCUUCGAAAAAUAAUAAUUUACGGAGGAAUGAAUUGCAGACACCGAAGAACGAGAAUGAAGAUGCGGAGGAUUCCCAAACGACACCAAAAGCGUCAGCGACGAAGGCACCGGCUCUCGAUGUCCCGACACUCCACCUUGCCAGCGACCAGACUGAGGAGGCAGCGAGUCCGAAACCAGCAGCCUCAGCCAACCUCAUCGCUAAGUCCCGGACGAUACCUCCCACGUCCCAGUGGGGCAGCGCACUUCGUCCGCCACCAUCUGCUGCUGCAUCUCUGCGCGUGCCACCGGGCAGCCGCGCCGCAAGCAACAACUCGCUUGCGCCUACACAAGUCACGCUGAAACCGUCGACUACAGCGAAGAAGGCGAUUUUGGAACCAGGAUACUCGCCGCUCGAUUGGGCCGCGCUCACAGCGAAGCCGAACAAUAAUCUGCGGGGUGCAAACCUACCCCCAACUCUCAUCCGAGUGUCACCGUCAAUGCUGAAGGCGCAAAAUGGGCGCAAGGGCAGCGAUGCAUGGACUUCCUACCAGGGCAAGGUCUACAACAUCACUCCAUACCUCCCUUUUCAUCCCGGGGGCAAGGGAGAGCUGCUUCGGGGUGCAGGCAAAGACUCAGGGAAACUGUUCAUGGAGAUCCAUCCGUGGGUGAACUGGGAUGCCAUCCUGGGGGAGUGCCUAGUGGGCGUUCUGGUAUCGGAGAACGAAGCGAAAGCCAACGAGAGCAGUCUGGAUGCGAUGGACUGAUCUUAUAAUGCGCAUUUGGCGGAGUAAGAUACUUUGUAUAGACUUGGGGCCUGGAUGUAUAUCAUGUUUUUUAUUUGCACAACUAGAUAGAUACCCAUAGAGAAGUCCGCAUCGGGGCCAUCAACCUAUAUGGCAACCUGCAGCAUUCCCGCAAGCCUGUGGAAACACUGCCAUCUCUUUAAGCCUUUCACCCAACAAUCUACAGCUCAUCAUUGUCAACCCCUUCAAUCUUCACCAACUCCGUCUCAAAAAUCAACGUCGCGCCGCCAGGAAUGGGCCCAAUCCCGCGCUCGCCAUACCC